UAUUUAACACCACAGGUCAAGAUUUUGUGUAUAUGGUGGACAUAACUACAGACAACGGUACUCGGAAGACAACAUCUCAGCAACUAGCUCUAAAUCUACACUACAAAGUCUAGCUGUAAUUUUAGCUUUAUCUUUGAAAGACGUCACCAACAUACAUGUGUUUUCAUGAAGAGGGUGGAGAAGCCAGAGGGAUACAGGCAAAUGAGGCCCAAAACAUUCCCUGCAAGCACAUAUACUGGCAAUAGCAGGCAGAUGCUGCUGGAAAUCCGCGAGAGCCUCCGUCAUCUUCCGAAACCAUCAAAUGCUGCUAAGGUUGAACAACCGCCUGCUAAAACUGAGGAUCCCAGGCAAGGGAGGAAUCCUCCUAAGUUUGUCCCAUAUCACAAAGCCCUAGCUGAGAUUCGUAACUCCCUGCAGCCUUUUGCAAAUUCCUCUACUUCAACUCAGAGAGGAGGAAAUGAAGUCAACAGAAAAAUGCUUCAUGAUCUGCUGACUGCUGGAUUUGAUGAGGAUAUGGUGGUACGAGCCUUACAGCAAACAAACAGUCGUAGCAUUGAAGCAGCCAUUGAGUUUAUGAGCUAUCUGGAGCCCUAUCGAGACGCUCAAGUUGCUGCUGCAGCAAGACCCAUGAAUGCUGGUAUGAAACCUCCAGGCAACAUCCAGCCUUCUGUGAAUCGCCGGCAGAGCUGGAAGGGUUCAAAGGAGUCUCUAGUUCCACAGAGCCACGUUUCACCUUUGUCUGAUAGCAUUAUCUAUGGCGGUUCAGAAAUGCCUGGAUCCCAAUCAGAGAUGGGAAGGCCGUUAUCUGGAUCAGGCCUUCCAGCCUUUGCUCAGCAAAUUCCAGUCAAUGGCCAGAGAGUAAAUCCACCACCUCCACCACAAGUAAGGAGUGUUACACCACCACCACAACCUCCUCCAAGAGGAACUACUUCAUCGCCACAGUCUUGGGAGCCCAAUUCACAAACAAAGCGUUACUCUGGUAAUAUGGAGUUCCUUGUUUCCCGCAUUUCCCCAAUCCCACCUGGAAACUGGCAUGAGGCAUAUCAAUCUUCUAAUAUUAACUCAGCACAGAUGAUGAACCCUCAGCCACAACGACCUAUGAAUGCUGUUCCUGUUGGAAGGCAACCCAUUAUCAUGCAAACAUCUGGGAACAGCAAGUUUUAUUCGGGGAGGGCUGGCAUUCACAAUGGUAAUGGACAAAAUGAAUAUAUAACUCAAGUGAACAACAGUGUUGGAAGGUCACAACCUCCACCUUAUCCUAUGUCAAAUGGUCCAAAUAAUGCUGCGUUGCAGAUGCAAGGCAAUAAUGGACCAAUGUCACCUUCUGCUUAUAAUAAUGGUAAUUUGCCACAGUCUGUACUAGUACCAAAUAGAAAUAGCCACAACAUGGAUCUGUAUAACAUGAGUAUUCCAAGUCAUCCAACUUCAUGGUCUCAGCCCUCUUCGACCCAGUCACCUGGAAACCAUGAGAUGCCAUCGUGGCAGAAUAAUAUCCCUGUUAGGUCCAACUCUUUCAAUAACCCAAUGGCAGUUCGCCAAGUGCAUCCUACUAAUUCACAAGCUUCUGCUACAACUGUGACUGCAAUAACUCCUGCCCCCAUACAGCAACCUGUAAAAAGCAUGAGGGUUUUAAAGCCAGAACUUCAGACUGCACUGGCUCCAGCACAUCCAUCAUGGGUAAACCAGAAUGUACCAGGGCUUUACUCAGAAGGGGUGCCUCACAACAGUGCUUUGAUGCCUGCACAACCAGAAGCACCAAAUUACCAAGGGCCACCACCACCCUACCCAAAGCGCUUGCUUCAGCAAAACUCUCCCAGUUAUGAAACUGGUCAAAAAUCUAACAAGGAUGAUCUGUCUCCUGCAACUUCCAGUUCUCAGGAAGAAGGAGAAAGGGCAUCUGAAUCCACUGUGGAAACCACUGAGAAAGAGAAGAAACAAAUAACUACAUCCCCUGUGCCAGUUAGGAAGAACAAGAGAGAUGAAGAGAGACGGGAGUCGCGCAUCCAGAGCUACUCACCCCAGGCUUUUAAGUUUUUCAUGGAGCAGCAUGUUGAAAAUAUUCUAAAAUCUCACCAUCAAAGGUUGCACCGCAAGAAGCAGCUGGAAAGCGAGAUGAUGCGAGUGCGACUGUCCGCAGAUGCUCAGGACCAAAUGAGGAAGAUGUUGUGUCAGAAGGAAUCUAACUAUAUACGACUUAAGAGAGCCAAAAUGGAUAAAUCCAUGUUUGUAAAAAUUAAGACUCUUGGUAUUGGUGCCUUUGGAGAAGUGUGCCUAGCCAAAAAAAUUGAUACCAAUGCUUUGUAUGCAAUGAAAACCUUGCGGAAGAAAGAUGUCCUAUUGCGCAACCAAGUAGCCCAUGUCAAAGCUGAAAGAGACAUCUUGGCAGAGGCAGAUAAUGAAUGGGUAGUACGACUGUACUAUUCGUUCCAGGACAAAGAUAACUUGUACUUUGUCAUGGAUUACAUUCCAGGUGGCGAUAUGAUGAGCCUUCUGAUUCGUAAGGAACUCUUUCCUGAGGAUUUGGCCCAGUUCUACAUAGCAGAGCUCACAUGCGCAGUUGAGAGUGUUCAUAAGAUGGGCUUUAUUCAUCGUGACAUCAAACCUGACAAUAUCCUUAUUGACCGAGAUGGCCACAUUAAACUCACUGAUUUUGGGUUAUGUACUGGUUUUCGGUGGACCCAUGAUUCAAAAUACUAUCAAAGUGGUGACCACCUGCGACAAGACAGCAUGGAUUUUAGUAAUGAAUGGGGAGAUCUAGCAAAUUGCCGUUGUGGUGACAGGCCUAAACCUCUUGAGUGGCGUGCAGCAAGACAGCAUCAGCGCUGCUUAGCCCAUUCUCUUGUCGGGACCCCGAAUUACAUUGCACCAGAGGUUUUAUUGCGUACAGGAUAUACACAACUUUGUGACUGGUGGAGCGUGGGAGUUAUACUUUAUGAAAUGCUUGUUGGAAAAGCUCCUUUCCAUGCAAGCUCACCACUGGAAACACAAAUGAAAGUAAUCAAGUGGCAGACAGCAUUACACAUCCCACCUCAAGCCAAUCUCUCUCCUGAAGCUUCUGAUCUAAUUGUGAAACUUUGCCGAGGCCCUGAAGAUCGUUUAGGGAAGAAUGGGGUUGAUGAGAUUAAAGCUCAUCCAUUUUUCAAGACUAUAGACUUUUCUAGUGACUUGCGUCAGCAGCCUGCUUUGUAUAUUCCCACCAUAACACACUCUACGGACACUUCCAACUUUGACCCGGUAGAUCCAGACAAGCUCUGGAAUGACGAAGACAAAGAUGGAAAUAAAAAUGAUACCUUAAAUGGCUGGUAUAAAAAUGGCAAACACCCUGAACACGCUUUCUAUGAGUUCACUUUCAGGAGGUUUUUUGAUGAUAAUGGACACCCAUACAACUACCCCAAGCCAUUUGAAAAUGAUUAUGACGACACAAACGACAGUGGCUACAAGGAAACUGAUACUGAAGAGAGUGAUAAUAUUGGGAGGAGGCCACCAAACCGGGAUUUAGUUUAUGUCUAGAGUCAACACACGCAUUUAUAAAGUCUUUCAGAUCCUGUGGUUUGUUUUGAAAGACCUGCGUAAGUAGCUGGUUUCUGCUACAUUGGGAGCAUCAGAAAACACAAAUCUGUGUAUUGAGUGCAGCCACAAGUGGCAAAUUCAAACUUCAGUAAGAGAUGUAAUUAAGCAUUAGUUGUCAUUGCUCGUUACUGAAAAAUAAUGCUGGAGUUUGUAGCCACUGACUAAAAAAAUAGAAGAGGACUUUUUUUUGUUUUUCUUCAGAGCACCUUGUUUUUACUUUUUUUUUGUGCUUUCAAAUUACUUUUUUUUGUUUUAUUGGGCACACAGUAUAGUUUUCAAUGGACUGGGAAGUCUAAAUGAAUUUUAAACUGCAAAGGUACAAGUUUGCAAGACAAUGAUGGACGUUUAUGUAAAAAAAAAAAAAAGUUACAUUAAAGCCUCAUAACAGCUAUAUAUCAAUCCUAUUUAUGUAAUUACAAUAUUUAUAAAGCAUCAUAAAGAAUAUUUGAAUUGAUACGUGAGAUGUGGAUCCUAAGAGCAUUGGAAGAUGUGGCAGUAAGAUGCAUUUCAUUAUGGCUAAACACAACACUAAUUUCUACCAACACAAUCAAUUAGAUGUAGAGAAAUUCAAAAUCCACCCAAGACUGAUAUUUAGGCUGACUUGGCUCUUGGCACCACCUGACUUUUUAACAGGAGUAACCUCGAUUUCGGCAACUAGU